AUGGGAGUCUUUUUAUGUUUCAGGAGAAGAAUUGAACCGCAGGACUUUGAGGUCUUCUUCGACCCGAGGGAACUUCGCAAAGAGACCUGUCUGCUCUACGAGAUCAGCUGGGGCGGAAGGAACAGCGUCUGGCGGCACACGAGCCAAAACACCAACAAACACGUUGAAAUCAAUUUCAUAGAAAAAAUGACUUCAGAAAGAUACUUUUCUCCAUCCACCAGGUGCUCCAUCAUCUGGUUCUUGUCCUGGAGUCCCUGUGGGGAAUGCUCCAAGGCCAUUAUAGAAUUUUUGAGCCGACACCCCAAUGUGACUCUGUUUAUUUAUGUAGCCCGGCUUUAUCACCACAUGGAUCAGCGAAACCGGCAAGGACUCAGGGACCUUAUUAGCAGAGGUGUGACUAUCCAGAUCAUGACCGAGCAAGAGUACUGUUACUGUUGGAGGAAUUUUGUCAACUACCCACCUUCAAAUGAAGUUUAUUGGCCAAGGUACCCAAAUCUGUGGAUGAAGCUGUAUAUACUGGAACUCCACUGCAUCAUUCUAGGACUUCCGCCCUGUUUAAAGAUUCUAAGAAGACACCAACACCAGCUUACUUUUUUCACACUGACUCUUCAAGGUUGCCACUACCAGAGGAUUCCACCUCACAUCCUUUGGGCCUCAGGGUUGAUAUGACCUCUGGGAGUUGGAGAUGAAUAAAAUGACUCUUUGUAUGUGUACUGUUUUGACAGACAGCAAGCCAUGAUGACCCACUAAAAAGCGACUGCCAUGAAGAAUCUAGAAAUCGAGCUGAGGCUGACACUCUUGGGUAGAGUACUAGUUAUAUGUGUGAGGCCCUGGGUUCAAUGCCCAGAACUUCCAGGAAAACAGAGAGAAUCUAGAAUUGAGCCAGGUAUGGUUAAUUACAAGAUCACACUCCUGGAAUCCCAGCACCAGGGAGGCAGGGGCACCAGAUCUCUGUGAGUUCAAGGCCAGCCUGGUCUACAUAGUAAGACCCAGGCCAGCCUCAGAUUACACAGUGAGACCUUGUCUAAAAAACCAAAAUCCAGAAUCUAGGAAUUGAAGACUUGAGUAAGGUGGUGCAUUCCUAUAAUCGAAGUAAUUGAGCGGUAGAGGCAGGAGAAUGACAAGUUGAAAGUCAUCUUGAGCUACACAGUAAAUUUGAAGCCAGCCUCAACAGAUAUGAACUUCAGUGUGCCAAGUCCUUCGAGUUAUGCCAGCAGCCACCACCUCACCAGCUUGCAUAACAGAACCACUCAGACCAGCUCAUUCGCUUGCCUGCUUGCCGCUCCCAAGACUGUCAUGGCAUACAACAGCCCCUGGGCACUGGAAGAGGCUGGACCGUACUAAAUUCUGACAUUUACAUUUUGAAAAUUGUGUUUAUUUAUUAUUAUUAUUGUGUGUGUGGAGGGGGUUGUGCGUGCAUACCAUGGCACCCCUGUGGAGGUCACAGAGCAACUUUUAGGGUUCUCUCUCUCUUUCUACUAUUCAUUCUGGGGAAUGAUGAAGAUUGUCAAUUCAAAAAAGUGAUUUGUUAUUAUUAUUUUUUUUUGCCCCUGAGCUGUCUCCACAGUCCUAUAUCUAUACAUUAAAA